GAGCGGCGCGCCGGAAGGGCACCCUCCUCCCCGGCAUGCACGGAGGAAGCACUCGGGUCUCCGGGGGCGGAGGUAGCGGCGCCGGAGGUCGCCAUGGCUAUCGAGCCUGAGGCGGCGGAGCCUGCGGUGCCGUCGCUUGUGGAUCGGUACUUCACUCGCUGGUACAAAGCGGAUGUCAAAGGAAAACCCUGUGAGGACCACUGUAUACUCCAGCACUCUAACCGAAUAUGUGUCAUUACGUUGGCAGGAUCGCAUCCAGUUCUUCAAAGUGGAAAAACAAUUAAAAGCAUUUCCUAUCAAAUCAGUACCAACUGUAGCAGACUUCAGAACAAGGUCUCUGGGAAAUUUAAGCGGGGGGCACAGUUUCUAACAGAACUUGCACCUCUGUGUAAGAUUUACUGCUCAGAUGGAGAAGAAUACACCAUAUCAAGCUGUGUUAGAGGACGGUUGAUGGAAGUGAAUGAAAACAUUCUCCAUAAGCCAUCUAUUCUUCAAGAGAAGCCAUCCACUGAAGGCUACAUAGCAGUUGUGUUGCCCAAAUUUGAAGAAAGUAAAAGCAUAACAGAAGGGUUACUGACACAAAAACAGUAUGACGAAGUCAUGGUAAAACGCAUUAAUGCCACAACAGGUACAUCAUGAGGGUUGAGAUGGAAUAAAAAGCAACAUGGCAUUCAAUUAGUGCACUGAGAAGAACCAGCAUAUGUGAAGAAGCAUACUUCCCAGCCAGCCAUCUGCAGGGAGGCCUAGUUUUCUUUCUUUGUCUUGCAUAACAAGCCUUGAUUCCCAUUUUGUCUUCAGUCCCCCAGAUCUGCCCUGCUAUGUACUCACUCUGGUCAUCUUUUGCUUUUCUAACAACUGGCAAGCAAGGGAUGUUUUUCUGAUUAAAAACAAAGUACUUUGAGGAAAAUCUGAAAAAGACAAAAGUUUUAAGUAGCAAAGUAAAAAUAAUUUACCCAUCAUCCUGUAACCCAUUAAUAAAUGCUCCAUUUUAACAUACUUCCAUUUGAAUGUUACCACACGGUUACCGGUAAUUGUUUUUGCCUCAGUCUUCCAUCAGUUUGAAGUGAAAAGGAACAACUGACCUUUCUGACCCAGUCUGCUUCUGUGUGACCAAAAGUGUAGUCCCACCCCUUACGCUCUAGCUCCUUUUCCCUUGAAAUUGUAGGGGAGACGCAGAGUGUAGAGUGUACAUUCUCUAUUCCUUCAUGCUGCUGGGAUGGCCUUCUUCUCGGAAACAAAGUAGAACCGUAACACUGGCUUCUUAAGUAAGGGACACAUGACAAGGCUUUGACAAAUACUAAGGGCUUUCCUAACAUGGAAAUAUUAUAAUACAGUGCAUACAUUGUAGUCACUCAGUCUGACACUAGUUACAGGGUAGCAAGCAAAGAAGUUACUGUAAUUUCAAAGACCCAGAGGCCUUUGAAUAGAACAAAAGCUUUCAUAUCAUUUAUACUAAACAGAAAAACAAACUCCAAAUUUAUAGUUUGGUUGUAUACUUAUUUACAAUGAAUUUUAAAUAAACAGACUUUAAAAAUUGUUACUCUUUAAGGGCUGCAAUACAUGUACUUUUAAAUAAAACAUUUAAUACAGAAGAAAUCACUUGAUGUGUAAAUUCCUUGGUUCUCUGUCCUCUUACGCUGUUGAAGUAUAAGUUAUCCCUUCCUCAUCCCCAUUUGCACUUCAGAGAAGAUUCUCACUUCAGCUAUGUAAAAGUAUUUGGUCAGUAACAUUUAAAAAUUAUUUUUGACUCACAAGAAAAACUUCUUGUCACUUGAAUGCCAGCAUGACUGUCCCUAAGUAUGCCCACCAGCCAUGAUACGGGUAGUAACUCUACAAACCUCGGUUCACUGACUGCUAUGAACUGAAAAUGGAAGCACAAACCCGUAGAUCCUUAGUUUGAGUAGCAUGCUGAUUCCCGAAGGCGGCAUAAAGACACUAAAUAUAGUAAAAGAAUUACACAUCUAAUUUACAUUAACAUUACCUCCCGUCAUUCACUAUUUCUAUUGUAAUUUAUAUAACUACUGCCAGUAAGUGACAUGACCUAUUACAUUUCAAAAUGAAUUUCAGAGCGUUGGGAUACAAGCACUAUCAAAUGAGUCCAAAACAAAGUUAACUAUACUUUCUCAUAAGGGCAGAACCUGUAAACCAGAUCCUUCCAUCAAAACCCCACCCAACAAAAACAAGAAAAGCUUUAAACCGUACAAUUAAAAAGACUAAAGAAAGAUGUUUAUUUGUUUUAAAAUGAACGUUUCAAAGGUACAUGUAUAAAAUGUAUGCUUAUUCAGAAUUUAUUUUAAACAGUUCCAUCAUUCUGUCUUACGUCUUCCAUUCUAUCGUUCACUACUGAGAAGACAGUUGAAAAACUAUUUUUUUAAGCCGGUGAGAUAGGCUUGGGAUUCCAACUCAUAUUCAGCACAGAUAGGCCAGCUCCGCUAGAACUGGAACUAAAAGCCGUCCCCUAGUGAGUUCCUCCAGAAUUCCUUGGAGUGAGCGCCAUGACGCUGCUUUAGGGAAUGGGGGAGGUGCAUGCAUCUUAACACAGGGCCUGGGCUGUGUGGAAUGCUUGUUAGAGAACAACCAUGUGCCACUGGUAUAGUUGUCCUGCGACGGAGAGGACAGCCAAGAGGCCCAGUCACACCUGAUGGACAGAGGGAUUGAAGAGUCCACAGGCUUAAGGAAAACGACUUUCAGCCAGACUACUGUGUUAUUUUCUGCUGAAAGCUUAGUGUUCUAGAUAAUAAGCUUAAAGAACCAACAGGAAG